ACUCUUCCGAAUUGCCUGGAGCAAAUAAAUCCGCCAUAGUAUAAGUGACAGGGUCGACCGACAUUAAGCCAUUAAGUCGAAACGAACAGUCCAGCUCUGUAUUAGCCGGCCAAUUUUACUUUCCGUCCGAUUCUUCGGCGUGGUAUUUGGUGUGAAUGCAGCCAGAGGACUCCGCUAUACCUCCACCUUUUCAUCGAAGUUUCUCAAUUCGCUUUCACUGAGAGAAUAUACUGCCACGGUGACACAGUGUGCCUGUGAUUACGAAAACGUGAAGAUCGAUCCAGUCUUGAGAGACAAUGAAGGGUGUUAUCAUUACGCUCGUUGCCCUGUUGGGUGUCAGUCUUGCUGACGUAUCUCACAUCCUCCCCCACAACAUUGGCACCACUACAACCACUCCUCCGCCACCUCCGUCACCCUACAGCUUCCAAUACGCUGCAGGCAGGUAUCCGGGUCACAUUGACCGCGUUCACCAAGAAGCUGGAGAUGGCGUUGGCACUGUUCACGGAAUGUACUCCUACCUCGAUCCGAAGUUCAAAGUGCGGACCGUCGAGUACACCGCGGAUCAGAAUGGGUUUCAUCCCCUGCUGACGAACUUUGAGGAUACUCAGGCCGUCCCCGUAGACUCCGAAGCCGUUCAACUUGCCAAGCAAAAACACCAGGCUCUCUACGAGCACAUUGCUAAUGCACACGCUCAAGGGGUCCCGGCAAAUGCACCAGCGGAAUCAGCCAGCGUUUUGCGAGCGAAGGAACGCCAUUUACAUCUGUUUGCCAAGAUUGCUGAUCAGCAUGCUGCCAUUGCUGCAGAAAGAGAAGCCGAACGUCUUGCGUUUGAAGCCACGUCUGUGGCUAACCAUGUCGACGAGCAACAAAUCUACUAAUAAUCGUCUUUCGUUACGAGGAUUGUCGAUGUGUCGACAAAGAUAAAUAAAUAACUCGAUUAGCUGUAUGCACUAUGCCUGAUGUAUUUAGCCACUAGCGGCGAAAUUAAGAUAAUAACGGUCGACUUAACUCACUUGAUAUUGUCACAACUUGAUUGAAUUCUCUCAAAAUUUAUCCCAUUUGUCAAUUAAUUAUUACUGUAAUAAAUUAAAUAUGUUAUACACUAUUCGUACGAAUUUAGUAAACGUUUAUGCUUUAUGCGAAUCCAAUUUAUCUGUAUAUAAUAUUGCCCGAUUUGCUAGGUUCGGACGUCGGGUGAUAUUCUAAAAGGCACGCGACAGUGAUUAUGCUACACUAGUUACAGCAUCCGGUAGGACUGCAAACUUGACAAUCUUCGUGCACGAAUGUUUACUUGUUCACCUUUUUUUAUCGAUCGUGACACCUUUCCGCAUCAUAAUUGGCUUUGAACGCGUGUCAACUGCAGAUUAUAAUUGAUGCAUUUAUAUGGAAACCGGAAGCUUCACAAGGUAGCACAAUUCGCUGCGCAAUAGUAAUCAUGAGAUCAGAUAGGCUCCACAGAUAAAUUGUACAAAGGUGUCACUCUUUUAUAAAAAUCCCCAAUGACAAAGUGCAAUUCAUCAGUACUCGCACAUCAUGCUCCAAACGAAGAUCCUUGCUGUUGGGCUUUGCCUUGCACUAUUUCUGAGCGCAGUUACGCUAGCAAUGCCCGCAAACGAGCAGAAUUCUCCCUUUGCUGGUUUCAACUCCAAGCAAUUUGGCAGUUCAUCUUGUCGUGGUUCGCAUGGUCAUGGCCAUGGACGCGGUUCAUCAACUUCUGAACCAGCACCAUCCGGGGAUGGAGAUGAUACGGUUUCAGAUACAACUGCUGCCUCAUCUUGAAACAAUACCAGCGGAAUGUAAAAGAACAAUAGUGGUUUGUCGAUAACUGGGUAUAGUCUGAAAUUUUUGGCUUUUAAGUGUAUAUUACAGAAAGUACAACUCACGCCUACAAUGUGAGUGUUGGAAGAAAAUCAUUUAUAUAUUUCGCACACGAUACUUAAGCUUUCAUUUUCUUUGUAACAAUAGGAAGAAGUUUCAGGAUAAAAAUCUGAUUACAAACGAUCUAACUACAUAUCUUAAUAACACCGUAUCAUAUUGAGCAGUCACUGUUCGCCGUUGAGUAUCGGUAGAUGUAACAUAAUUUCCUGGUGGAACUGACAACAUAAGUUAUAUUUUCUGCCUGACAAAAAUGUCCAAAGGGUUGAUCUAUAAAUAAAUCGCCUGUUAUUUUCGAUAAUAUUCAUGCCUAAUCUUGACACAUCUUUGAACGAGAAAUGAUACAAGAUCGUCAUUGUUUCUCAUUUUAUGUAACAAGUUCCACAGAUUAGCUUCUCUAAUUGCUUGUUUUAUAUCUAAACGCAUAGACAGUAUAUUUUUCGUGAUAAGACUUGGCGUCAUCAGGAUAUUUGAUCAUUUGAUUGGAAAAAUUC